AUGAAGAUCUCAAAAUCUUGUGUAAUCUUGGUUCUUCUCAUAAUAAGCUUUUUAAGUGCACUAGCCUUAGCUCAUAAACAUGAUUAUGAUGAUCACACAUGUAAGCCUAGUGGCAAGUUAAGGGGCAAAAAACCACCAAAAGGGAAAUGCAAGAAAGACAAUUUAUCCGAGUGUUGCAAACAUGGCAAGGUUUAUACAACGUAUGAGUGUUCGCCCAAGAUCACGAACCGAACGAAGGCGAUCUUAACACUGAACGGAUUUGAGAAGGGUAAGGACGGAGGAGCGCCGUCUGAGUGCGACAACAAGUACCACUCAGACGACGUUCCAAUCGUGGCACUGUCGUCGGGGUGGUUCAACAAAAAGAAGAGGUGCAUGAACAAGAUUAGCAUAUUUGGGAAUGGAAGAAAGGUUAAUGCAAUGGUGGUUGAUGAGUGUGACUCUACAAUGGGGUGUGAUUCUGAGCAUGAUUUCCAGCCUCCUUGCCCUAACAAUGUUGUUGAUGCCUCCAGAGCUGUUUGGAAGGCCUUGGGUGUUCCAAAGAAGGAUUGGGGUGGAAUGCAAGUUUUUUGGACUGAUGCUUGA